AUGGCCACCCUCGAUCUAGAGGGCUGCACCGCCGCUGGUAUCCAGGAUAUUUAUGGCGACAUUUCUUCCGACCUGGACUACCUCAUCUACGUCAACGACAUCAUGGUUGACUGGAUCUUACCGUGCUUGAGAGGUGACCUUGCCUCUCGGUUUCAGCGCGAAAAAUCACGCCAACGCAUCGUCUUGGGCGCCUGGUUCAAACAGAUGGGCGCCCUCUUCCUCCAGACCACUCGUCACGACAUUACCCAAGCCUCUCAGGCUCUUCGCGACCAACGCAUCCGCACGGCCGACGACUUUCCUGUCUACCGCUCCUCCAUCACUGCUGCCGUCGACACCCUUCGCAUUGAGGGCGCCUACUCGGCAACCCUCGUCAUCGCCCAACUGGUUGAUGGCCUGCCUUCGAAACUCAGGGACGUGAUUGCAAACCUGUAUCAACCGUCUUGGGAUUUGGGCAAGUUCUUUGAGGUGGUGACUGCUAACCUGCACAAACUCACGCCUGCUGGUGCCCGCGCCGAACCUAAACAGGGUGCCUUUGCUGUUGAGCAUGGUGGAGGGCGCGGGCACGGGCAUGGCCGUGGACGUGGUCGCGGACGCGGUCGUGGACGUGGUCGUGGCCGUGGUCGCCAUGGUAUACACCACGGGCCCCACCCAAAGAGUGAUCGCGUCAAUGCCAACUGUGAAUUUUGUCGCAUCUAUGGCCACGAUGCAUCUCAGUGCCGCAAGAAGCGCGCGCACGAGAAGCACAAUGGCAAGCAGUUUGCGGCCCCCCACCACCACCAGCAACAACAGCAUGCCCAUGUUGUGUCUGCUUCGCAGAUGCAUCGUCUUCUUGGCCACCCGCCGCGCGAGGUUUUGCGCUCCAUGCUGCAGCAAGUUGAAGACACCUCGGACGUCAAGGCCAUCCUCAACUGCAACGAUUGCAACCUCUUCAAAGCUAAGCGCCUUGCUCUGGCUGGCUUUGAUCGCGACCGCACGCCCCGCAUGCCUG